AUGGGACUCAGUUCGGUGGUAUCCCGAUGUUAUCGACAGCUUCCGAGAUGUCUCCCGAUUGGUCGCAGAUUUUUUGCAACAUCUGCGACACUUCCACCGCGUAAUUAUGCACAGAUAACACCUCCAUAUGAAACCUUAGUAUCCAACCUAUCCGUUAUCUCCAAAACUAUACUUGGUUCCAAGCCACUUACUCAAGCUGAGAAGAUAUUAUAUGCUCAUAUAUGGGACCCCUACGAAGUAAAUUCAAUAGUUCGUGGGGAAACAUACUUAAAGCUGAGACCUGACCGAGUAGCAAUGCAGGAUGCUUCAGCUCAGAUGGCAAUUCUCCAGUUUAUGCUAUCUGGUAUGUCCACGACUGCUGUUCCCACUUCCAUCCACUGUGAUCACUUGAUCGAAGCUUACGAAGGUGCGAAUAGUGAUGUCAAGGCGGCUGAGAUAACAAAUAAAGAAAUAUUUGAUUUCUUGCAAAGUGCUGCUGAGAAGUAUGGAAUGUCAUUCUGGCGACCAGGCAGUGGAAUUAUUCAUCAAAUAGUAUUAGAAAAUUAUGCAGCUCCAGGAGGACUGAUGUUGGGAACAGGUAAUCGGAAGGACAGAUUGAAUGGAAAAACGGAGAUAUAA